AUCAGAGAUUAUUGUCAGAAUUAAGGAACAGAAAAUGUAUAGUGAUAGAAUAUGAAUUAGAAGACAACGAUAGUUUUAUACCGAAUAACAUAAAUCCGCAAGAAGAAAACUACCGGCGAUGAUAACAUAAAUAUUUUUUUCUGUUGAAGGGGCGAAAAUUUCGAUCACUGAUGAGUAGAGUUGUGAGAUGAAAUCUCAGUUGAUUGGUACGGAUAGUUAAAUCUCUACAAAAAUGAAAUUACCAAUUCCUGAGAUGUUCGUGGGGAGUGGACCACAGUUAUUGGCAGUUCUGACAGGAACUAUCAACGCUGUUUCUGAUGGUAUGCAAUAUGGCUGGACCGCUCCUUCAAUCCAAGUCCUUGAAUCUCCAGACUCACCCGUUGCAGUCACCCAUUCAGAUGAAGUUUGGCUGGAACUCCUCUACAUGAUAGGUGGAUUUAUAGGUCUGCCAUUUUCCAUAGCAUUCAUAGACUUGAUCGGCAGAAAGAUGACUGUAUGGUUCUCCUCCAUCAUAGGAAUAUGCGGAUGGAUUUGCAUAGGAGCUGGAAACAACAUUUACUACCUCUACGCUGGCAGACUCCUUUUAGGAAUAACAGCGGACAUUGCUUUCACAGCAUCUCCAGUUUAUAUUUCGGAGAUAGCUCAUCAAAACAUCAGAGGAUUCUUGGCAGGCUUAAUAUACCUGAUGAUGCUAGUCGGAAUUGUGAUUAUAUACUCAAUUGGUCCUUGGAUACCUAUUUAUGCAUCUGCAAUUGUAGGAUCAUCUUUGUUAUUAGUGCAAUUGAUAAUAUUUCCCUUCAUGCCAGAAUCACCGUAUUACCUUAUAUAUGUCGAUAAACAAAAAGCCGCUAGGGAAGCUUUGCAGAGACUCCGUCCAUACAAAGACGUAUCUGCGGAACUCCAAGAGAUAAAAGAUGCUGUAGAACGACAAAAAACUGAGAGGGGAAGACCUCAAGAUCUUUUCAAAAUCAAGAGUAAUCGUAAGGCAGCAUCUAUAAUGCUGCUGCUCAACUACACUCAGCAUUUUUCCGGAGUUUCGGUACUUAUUAUGAAUCUCCAUUCCAUCCUCAGUGAAGCAGGAUCAGACCUAGUGACUCCGGAUGUUUCGGCCAUAUUGUUUCCGGUUUUGAUGUUGAUCUCAGCAACUGUAGCUACAUUCUUGGUUGACAAAUGCGGUAGGAAGGUACUGUUGACGUCCUCUGGAAUUAUAACUGCAAUAACUCUCCUAGUCAUAGCUGUUUAUUUCCACUUGAAACUACUAGGCUUCCCGACACAUUUGUACAAUUGGAUCCCUCUUGCGGCGGUCAUGGUCUACGCCGCUGGUGUGAAGUUCGGCCUGGGCAUUGUACCUAUCGUCAUAACGGCAGAAUUGUUUCCCGCCAAAGUGAAGGGUAUGGGUAUGGCGUUUUCUGAUAUGGUGUACAUAUUCUCGUCCAUACUGUCCAUUUAUCUGUAUCAAUGGAUGAACCGAGUAUUAGGUAUUCACAUUUCCUUCUACGUUUUCGGAUUUUUGUGUACUUUAUCCACGAUUGUGAUCUCGCUUUAUGUGCCGGAGACUAAGGGUAAGACGCUGGAGGAAAUACAGAUGAUCCUUAAGAAUGUUGAUUCUGGAAAAGAGACGCAGGACACGAAAUUGUGAAUAUGGUCAGUGGCGGUUCUUCAGAGUUUUCCCUAGAAGUGCGAUAAAUCAGUUAUGCUAAGCGUAUCUAACAGUUGAAGUGAAGAUUAAAAGAUGCAGAUUUUAUUCGAUAAUCGAUGUAGGCAUUAUUGGAUAAACUAUUUUAUUUAUACGAAAAAAAUAAAUGAAUUCAUUCACUUAAUGUACCAUAUGAUAUCGAUUUCUUUCUUACUUCAGUGUAGAAUUUGCAGAUGUGACCAUAGUAAAAUGUUCAGAAUGCCAUCUACUCAUUAUCGCUACAGAAUUUUUUUUAACUGCAUUGAAACACUAUAUUUCAUUUUUUCAUCUCAAAACCUUUGUUAAUAUUAGGCUUGUUUUAAAAUAAACAGGAGAAUAUUCCAGAA